AUGAUGAGGGUUACGCCUGCUAGCACGCCUAGCUUUUCAUGACCACAUUUCUGGACUUAUUUUCUUAGUUAAGUGAUGACUGUGGAAGACUUCCCCGCAAGAGCUGAGGAUUUGUGUAGGUGUCAUUUGGCGAAGUCGGUAGAUAACCUUAGCUAGAGUUCACAUUAAUUAGCAAUAUUUGUAUUUAAACGACUGAAACAUAUCUUAAAUCGGCGGUUGCUGUUUUAUAUAACUUUUUAAAUAAAUAAUUAGUGUGGACCAAUGCGAGAUAAAUACAGCCCAAAUAUUGCCAGUAUGCGACCAGCUGAUAAUUGCGGACCCAGAACAGCGGUUGAAGGGAACGGAAUCAAGGACUUCUCUGAAACCCAAUAUGGGGCGCUCUCCAAAAGACGCCUACUCGUUGGCUUGGACUUACUUUGCUUGUUUGUGGCCUCUAUUCCAUUCUUUGCGUGCGAGCUGAAGGCGGUGUCUCCGUACCGGCGAGGCUUCUUCUGCGGCGACUCCAGCAUCACCUACCCCUACCUGGAGCACGAGGUCAUCCCCGACGGCCUCCUCGUUGCCGGGGGCAUCGUCAUCACCGGCCUCACGAUUGCCUUAGGCGAGUGUUACCGGGUGCGUUUCCGCGGUGUGCACUCCAGCGCCUUCAUGCAGAACCUGUACGUCUCCUGUCUCUACAAGGAGCUGGGCAGCUUCCUGUUUGGCUGCUGUGUCAGCCAAUCGCUGACCAACAUGGCCAAGCUGAGCGUGGGUCGCCUGCGACCUCACUUCCUGCAGGCCUGCGGCGUCUCCUACGCCAUGCUCAACUGCACCAUGGGAACCUACGUGACCACGGUCACCUGUAAACACCCCGACCUGGAUGAAGAGGCCAGGAAGUCAUUUUUCUCAGGCCAUGCUUCCUUUGCUAUGUACACCAUGCUCUACUUAGCUUUCUACCUGCAGGCACGGUUAUCGUGGCGUGGUGCGCGACUCUUGCGGCCCCUGAUCCAGUUCCUGCUGGUGAUGCUCGCCAUCUACACCGGUCUCAGCCGCAUCUCCGACUAUCGCCACCACCCCACCGACGUCCUCACAGGACUCAUCCAGGGGGCGCUCACCGCUUACUGGGUGGCUUUUUAUAUCUCCACCAUGUUUAAGAACACCCAAUGUGGCUCCUCCCCUCAGUUAAAGAACACCCAAUGUGGCUCCUCCCCUCAGUUUAAGAACACCCAAAGUUGCCCCUCCCCUCAGCUCCCCCUAGAACAGCCACUGUCCAACCGGCAGACUGUGUGUUAG